UCCUCGACAACGCUUUGAUGUUUGGUACUGCAUUUUGAUGUUGUGUUGGAUGAGCAGUUGAUGUCUUUGGCCGUUGGAGCUGGUCCAAGUUCCAGCAAUAUGGAUGACAAAGCGGGCUCUGCUGAAAAAACGACCACCAACCACCGUCCAGAGAGCGAUGAUGAUAACGAAGAGGAGAAUCGCAAUUUGCAUUUGGGUCCUCAGUACACUCUCAAAGAACAGCUUGAAAAAGAUAAGGAUGAUGAGAGCUUAAGGAAAUGGAAAGAACAGCUUCUUGGAGGUGUGGAUAUUAACAACAUUGGAGAAACACUUGAACCGGAAGUGAAGUUCCUUAGUGUGGCAAUCGUGUCACCAGAUAGGGAAGACAUAGUUCUUUCAAUCCCUGCAGAUGGAAAGCCCGAGGGUUUAUGGUUUACACUGAAAGAAGCUAGCCAUUAUCGCUUGAAGUUCUCUUUCCAAGUUAGCAACAACAUUGUAUCUGGUCUCAGGUACACUAACACUGUCUGGAAAACUGGUGUCAAAGUUGACAGCACAAAAGAUAUGAUUGGAACUUUUAGUCCUCAGUUAGAGCCUUACACACAUGAAAUGCCCGAAGAGACAGCCCCUUCUGGUUUUUUGGCUAGAGGAUCAUACACUGCAAAAUCAAAGUUCCUUGAUGAUGAUAACAAGUGCUACUUGGAGAUCAACUAUACAUUUGAUAUCCGAAAAGAUUGGGCUGCUACUGAAUAA